GUAAAUCUCGUAGUGUGAUCUAGCAGUAACUUUUUAAAUACAAUUUAAAAAAAUUUUUUGAAUGACAAAGAUUUUUGUAACCACUUCUGGAUUUAAAGGAAUAUCUUACUAGCAUAAUUUAAAAACAAUUCUAUAAAAGAAAAAUUGAUAUGAUAAAGCUUCAAAUAUGUUUCAAAGUUUCAAGGGACAAACUCCAGUGAUAUUAGACAAAGUUGAUACCAUAGCAAAGGGUUUAGCCACACCACAUACAGAUCCAAUAAUGUUUCAGAGUUUUAAAAUGCGAACCCCAGUGACCGUAGACAACGUUCCUGAUGUAACUUUCACAACUAAGUUAGAGCCACCUUAUUCAACCAAAAUAGCCUACGAUAUAUGUUCUCGCAAUGUAGAAGCCAUCAUUUUAGUUAGCGAUCAAGAAAUAAGAGCGGCCGUAGCUAAAUGUUAUCGUACAGGAUUAAUCGUUGAGCCCUCUGGUUGUGCCGCUUUAGCCGCUUUGAUGGUUGGAAAAGUUCCCGGAAUCGAUAAUGAUGUAAAUAUAGCAAAUUUUUGGGAUGGCAAAGAAGUUGGCGACCGGAAUAAAAACUCUUUUAAACCCAUCUCUAAUGAGUACAUACAAUAUUCCCCCUUCGUAGAUGAAAUCGAUAAUACUGGUAUCAUCUGGAGACUUAGUAUGGGCGGCAGACUAAAUGUAGUAGUCGUGCUAGCGGGCGGAAAUAUAGGUACCUCCGUUUUGACCAACAUUCUGCUGCAACCUGGCCUACCCACAAGGACAGCAUAUAUCAAGUGAUUAGUGCAAAUAUAUGAUGGAAACUAUCUACAAAGAACACUUAAACUAUCGAGC